GGCACUUAGCAGGCACUCAAUAAAUACAGCAAAUAACUUGCCGAGUACCUAUUACACUCUGAGUUCUUGGCAUAGGUUAUGGAGUGGUGAAUGGAAUAGACAAGCUAAUUUCAAAUGCUGGGUUCUGAUAGAAGCAGAUCUGACAUAAUGGGGUGAUGGGUCGGUGGAGCUGGGGAGCCGUAGCUGGAGGGAUCGAGGGAAGCCCCUCUGAGGAGGUGACAUUUGAGUAGAGCUGUUUGGUGCUCUCAUGGUACCUGGUGCUGGGUGUUGGGUGGGUGGAGACGGCUUAGGCCCACUCUUUGCCCCCUGAUGAUUUCUUCCCCACCCCAAGUGUCUGUGUCCACCCUCUUUCCCCCAAAACGCAAGUUUGGACUUGAGGGCAGAGGUGAGGAUACCUGAGGAAAGAGCUGGGACUUCAGGCGUGUGGAUCUCUAUUUGAAGUUUUAGAAAUGAGACUUGAGUUCAAAUCUUCUACCACUUUCUCAUUCUGAUCUUGGGCAGCUGACUGAGCUCCAAGUUCAGUAGUGAUGGGUGUGGGCCUGGAGCCAGAUCUAGCCCCUCCACUGCCCAACUCUGUAACCUUGGACAAAUUCCUUAAGGCUCUGUGCUUCCGUUUCUACAUAAAAUGGGGUUAUGAUAGUCCCUCUUCAGGAUGGUGCAGAGUAUACAUUUGAGUUAAUAAAAAUAUGCAUGGUGAAUGCUGUAUAAAUAACUACUAGUUUUUAUUUCUGUUUCAGAUGGGAAAGGUGAGGACCCAGGAGGAGAUAGAGCUUAGCCCAGGUCACCCAGAUAGGAAGUGGUUUAUGAGGAUAAAUAGUGAUCAUGGUAGAGCAUUGCCUAGCCUAAGGCCCAACAUAUAAUAUUCACUCCGUACUUGGGAACUGGGGCUAUUCCUGGCAAUCAAAGGGCUGCCUUGUUCUGCUGCCCCUCAGCACAGGAAAUUCCAAGGUGUUUUUUCCAUACUGGCUCCUCUGGUUCUGUCCCUGGUGGGGGGAGAGGAGAGGGGCCUAGGUCCCCAAGCCAAGUCAAAAAAGAUGGAAUUGAAUACCUUAACUUGCCUGUCUUAAACCCCCUCUCUAUUGAGGGGGUGGCUGUUAUUUGGAGUGGCUUGGGCUGCCUUGGGCCUAUCUGGGUAUUUCCUUGUGCUGGCAACCCUCACCCUUUCCUUGAAAUGGUUUUGGCUGGGUUGCAGCCUCUAGGUGGUGUGGGCGAAAUUUGGGACUGGUUUAAGGCGGGGACAAGACCCAGAACACAGGUUUCCUUGUGCUGCUGGAGAGGGAGGGCAGGAGGAAACUGGAGACCCCGCUCCUCCCUUAGUGACUCUUUUGCUCAGAGUCCAUGAUGGCUUGGUCCUUGGUGUUUCUCGGUGUCGUCUUGCUGUCUGCCUUCCCAGGUCCUAGUGUCGGGGGCCGCCCGAUGCCCAGGCUGGCUGAGCGGAAGCUGUGUGCUGAUGAGGAAUGCAGCCACCCCAUCUCCAUGGCCGUGGCCCUCCAGGACUACGUGGCCCCUGACUGCCGUUUCCUGACCAUAUACCAGGGCCAGGUCGUAUAUGUCUUCUCCAAGCUGAAGGGCCGAGGGCGGCUCUUCUGGGGAGGCAGCGUUCAGGGAGAUUACUAUGGAGACGUAGCUGCUCGCCUGGGCUAUUUCCCCAGUAGCAUUGUACGCGAAGACCAGACCCUGAAACCUGGCAAAAUCGACGUGAGGACAGAUAAAUGGGAUUUUUACUGCCAGUGAGCUCAGUCUACUGCUGUCUCUGCUGUUGUUUCUCCCCGGCUUUAUGCAAAUACAUCA